GUGAAUAGGCGACAGAACGAAGACGAGAAAGAGAAAAGUCAAGAGGUGAACACUGUGCGAUGAAGUGUUGAGGAAAAAAAGGUUUUGUGUUAAGGGAAAACGCGUGAGGAAAAGCGAUUUUCGCGUGGUCUGUUGUCGUGGUAGUCUUUAUCCUCGUCGUCGCGCUCCUCGUGAAAACCAUUCCAUCCGGAACGUAUUAUUAUAACUUCCAACCGGACACAAAAAGUCGGAUACAUCAAGGCUGGAAACGGGCAACGGGACGUCAAGUUGGGAGUCUGCUGCUUCUGAGCAAGUGGAAAAAUCACGGUCACGAAAUGGACUACGAGUCGCGAUAUUGCCUGCGAAUUCUCCGAAAAGAAAAUUGAUCGGACGAGGUAGCUGCUCCUGCUUGGCAAGUUGUCGCGAUAGUUUUCGUGCACAAUAGUGUCGGGUGAGAAAAGUGAGAAGUUGUGGGUGCGCGUGUGAAAUCCGAGUGCUGGGUGCGAGAAGUUAUCGUGGAAAAGUGAAAAGUGCCCGCCAGCACGGGUUCAGUCAGGCAGGGAGUGGGGAGAAGGUCGGAAGAAGUUCAUAAAAGAAGAAAAAAGUGCGUUUCUGGGUACCUGUGCACGUCGAGCAGAGCAAGGUCCGUGCGGCACGGACUAGCAAAGCGGAGGAGCGAUGCCGAAGUGCGAUGUCAAAACACGGUACAUCCCCGCGACAUUCGCUUGGGCCCUGCUGUUGGUGACAACCUUCCUGUUUUUCUACUACCCAUGCCAAUAUUACAUAUUCAGUCACCCUUGGGUUCCGGCAUACCAAGGCGUUAUAACAUUCUUUGUCAUAGCCAACUUCACAUUGGCGACUUUUAUGGAUCCUGGUGUCAUUCCUAAAGCUCCUCCAGACGAAGAUCGUGAAGAAGAGUUUCGUGCUCCCCUUUAUAAGAAUGCAGAAAUAAAUGGUAUUACAGUACGCAUGAAAUGGUGUGUUACGUGUAAGUUUUAUCGGCCGCCACGAUGUUCACAUUGCUCAGUAUGCAAUCAUUGUAUAGAAACAUUCGAUCACCAUUGUCCGUGGGUGAAUAAUUGUAUCGGACGAAGAAAUUACCGAUUUUUCUUCUUUUUCCUUAUAUCACUGUCAAUACAUAUGUUAAGCAUAUUUUCAUUAUGCUUAGUAUAUGUUUUAAAUAAUAUGCCCAUUAUAACUCAAACGGAACCAAUCGUGGCUAUCUGUUUAAUGGGGCUCGUGACAAUUCUCGCAAUUCCAAUAUUUGGUCUGACUGGAUUCCAUAUGGUGCUAGUGUCGCGCGGUCGAACCACAAACGAACAAGUAACGGGGAAGUUCAAAGGAGGUUACAAUCCGUUCUCAAGGGGUUGUUGGCAUAACUGUUGCUAUACACAAUUCGGACCACAAUAUCCCAGUUUAUUGAAGCCUCAAAAAUAUGCGGCUCGUCGAUCGCUAAAGGAUUCACAGGCGAUUAGUACAAUAACAAGUGAUCGUGAUGGCUCUGGCGGAGGACGGCAUGGAGCUGGACAAAAUGCAGGCACUGGACAACAGCAAGCAUUGUAUGACCGGGACAGACAUACUCAGGUAAAGACUUAUACGGACCAUGGAAAUGGGUAUAGUCAGCGAUCUGGUGGAAAUACAACACAUUACAGCAAGCUAUCACCUGGACGGGAAUGUUCUGAUACAGAUAUGGAACCCCAAGCAUCACAGAGUCAAGAUUGUGAACCAACGCCGCCCCUGCAGCGGCAUAAUUCCACCAAUUUUUAUUUGCCUCCUAUCGAAAAUACAGGAAAUGUAGGCGGUGGUGGUAAUGGAGGUGGCGAUUCUCCACGACACAUGAGAAUGUAUCACCCACGACAUAGCCCGCAUUCUAGACAAAGGGGACUUGAGCCAUCAAGAGGAUAUAAUCCGGAUGCGCUCUCACCAGAUCAUCCCAAUCAUCCUAGUCAAAAUAUGGGUCAACUAGGCGGACAAAGAAGUGGGACUUCAGCAACGCCGACGAUGCAGCAACGAAUUAAAGCGCUAGGUGUAGCAACGCCACUGGCUAUGUCAAGCCCAGUGAGGAGAUCAAAUCCUGGGACUCCUACACAACCCCGACGGCCGGAUUUUAUUGGCGUUGGCAUGAAUCAACAGCAGCAAAAUCAGCAGCAACCAUCAACACAAAUUUAUUACGAUUUCCCAUCAGGGCUUCCGCCACAACAUCCACAACCGCCAUCAAUUCAACAAAGCCAACAAAUACCGAAUUUAAUGCAUCAUAAUGGCAUGGCAGGUAGGAGCAUGAUGAUACCGAAUAAUCAAUACGGUAGUCCUCAACGGCGUUUCCUCUCAGAAGGGGAGUUAGUCCGACAAGGAGGCAACGAGUUAUCGUACGCAAGAACGAAUAAUACCGUUGAUAAUAUUCGUGAAUUAGCAGGAAGCCCGCAACAUGGUGUUUAUAUGUGGAAAGACACUUCACCUGGGUUUGCAAAUAGUGGAAAUAAUGGGCCUCAAAAUAUCGGAAAUCAUCAAAUGCCGCCACAGUUCAUGGUUAAUCAACACCCCAUUAUGUUGAAUAAUUCGAGAACGCCGGGAGGUAUGAUGGCAUCAUCUCAAUUGGAAUAUCAACAACAAUAUGAUAUUCAUCAUCAUCGAUCGAACCCUACGAGCCCGACAAUUGUCCAACAACAACAAAAUCAACAACCACAGUUGCCAACGUCCCAAACAUAUAUGCUACGAUAUGGGAACCCCAUCACCAGUACAGGUCAAUCGCAAAAUCAGAUGGUAAAUUCCGUGGUAGGCACAUCAAGUAACCUCACUGGAAACUCGAGUAGUUCUGGAGGUUAUCAGCCAGCUUUACGUGGUGGUGUGCCAGUGUUUCCUCCUAAUCCACAAACGCAACCGUCUCCCCAGAUAAAGCGUAAGCAGACGCCAACGAGGCCAAUGUCUUUUGUGCGUGCCCUUGAAAUGACUGAUUCUAUGGAAAUGCAAUCCAUCGAUCAACAACAAGGUCAUCAAAAUCGAAAUAAUGGUGGCGGAGGGAAUGCAAGCCACCUAGGUAUGAACAGUGCAGGUAGUGGAGGUGGAGGGGUGUCUGGAAGUAAUAGUAGCCAAUUAAGUCAGCAACAGCAACGCUCAACCACACCUACUCCAGAUCGAGCUAGUGUUUAUGAUAUGAAUUACGAAAUUUCAGUAUAACCUUCCCCUAUAUUAAAUCCAAUUCUUCAUCCGUCAUCACCAACCAUCAUCAUUCGGUCGUCGUUUUUUAUAUCUUGUGAAACUUAAAUGUAUGAUAAUUUAGUGGUAUACAAACUCAUUACUCAUCAGUGCCCGAUCCCCACCCAUGUGUAAAAUAAGUCAUCGUACGUGGAAUUGGCUUCAAUUGAAAAAUUUAGGAAAGAUCUUUGAACGUUUACUAAACCUGUUACUUUAAAUGUAUUGCGUUCAGUUGUCAGAACUGGAAACAAUUCCGAGGAUGUUGCUAUCUAGUUGAACCUGUUGCACUCACAACGCAUAGGUUUAAUGUAGAAAAAUCUUGUCUUCCAACUAGAAUAUAUUUUAAUUAUAGGUUUAAUUCUCAUACAUUAGUACACGACUCUGCUUGUUUGGGCAAUAAUGUCCAAAAUUUUUAAUUUGAGUCUUAAGCUUGAUGACGAACAACUUUAGCAAUAAGUUCUGUCGAAAGUGAAGAAUUAUAAAUAAUAGAUCUUAUCAAGUUUUGGUAUUUGCACCUAGGACAUUAUACAUACAUAAUUUUUGUAUCUGUAAAAGAAUACACGGCGGCAAACACACAGUUUCAAGCAAGCCACAUCUCGUGCUUCCAAUUGCAAACUCUAUUGAAGAAAAACAUGCAAAUUGAUUUACAGUGCAACGCAUUCAUGAUAGUGCGCGUAGUAGUACAAAUUCUCAAGUUUGGACAAGAUUUAGAUAAUCUAGACAGCAUGGAGUAAAUCUUGAGGGGUCGCUCAGACUAUUUUUCAAAUGAAGCCAAUCAAUUCGUGUUUGAGUAUGUGUAAGAUGAAACGUGUAAUGUGUAAAUGUACAUGAAAAAAAUGCCAGACAUGAUUCUGAUUGCUCGUAAACCAUUAUUUGUAAAAAUAUUAAAAUGAUUACAAAUUUAAAGUAAAAAAAUAUUAUAUAAAGGGAUUUAACACUAAACAAAAAUGAUAUAAAUAGUUUUUAUACCAAAAUGGAUAAUUUAGGUUUAUGAACACAAGCGAAUACAGUCGAAAGGAAAAAAAAAACACUGAGAAAUGAAAACUGAAUUAUAGUCGUUCAAUUUUGUAUAAUAAGCAAAGUCAUUUUUUAAUUUAUACGUUGUAUAAUUUUUUUACUUUUAGAAAAUAUUUAUUAUAGCGAUUCUUAUCUAUAUAACACUUGUAAAAUUGUAUUCAAGCUGGACGUUUACGGCUGAUUUUUAUCGUAUAGUGGAACUCGAUUUGAAAUGAAGAGCGGGGCUAGCCAACAAUUUUUUCGGAAUAAUCAUUUUAAAAAUGUAUAGAAAAUUCUCCGUGUUAGGACAUUCAACCAAUUUUAUCAACUAGCAUAAUUUUUUUAUUUUAGAAUUUUUAUUUUUCUUGUAAAAAAUAUUAAAUUGUUGCAGUAUGAUUGAAAGUAGAAGUGAUUAAAGUGAUAAAUGUUUUUCGAUCACAAUACAUACAUUUUUUUCUUGUUUUUUUUUUGUCAUAAUUCUUCCAGCAAUUCACAAAAUUUCAUUCAAACUGGUAAUAUUAGUUUAGUUGAACAAAUUUUAUGUAUUAGUCAGAAUUUUUUAUUUGAUGAUCAUACGCGAGGCAUAAAGUCUAAAAUUAUUAUCUGACAUGAAACGAUUGUAGGAAAUCCAAUAUAAGAAUCUGUCUGAGAAGAACGCAAUAAUAGGAGAAGAGCAGA